UAAAACCCCACUUCCUCUUUUUCUUUUCUUAGCCAAAAAAACUAAAAAUCCUUUCAUUUUCACAAAAUAUAUAUCACUCUCUUACUAAGUGAUUAACUUUCAUCAUUAGAAAAAUGGCCUCUUUUUGUUUACACUUAUUGCUCAUCAUGAUCUUCUUAGCAUCCCCUUUGCUUUCUUUACCUUCUUCUCAGCCUAAUCCUAAAGCUUCUAGUUCUUCCAGUAACACUAUCUCUGCUUCACCAGCAUCAGCAUUAUCUUCAAAUCCUCAACCAACUCCAUCAUCUGCUUACCAAGAACUCUCUCCUGACAUUUCUCCACUUUUGCCUAAAUCUGGUGCUGUGCUUCCAACUCCAAUUGGAUCCUCUAUACCCACUAUUCCUUCCAACCUUAGUCCUCCAAAUCCGGACGAUUUGGUUGCUUCUGGUCCUUUUUCUGCUCUUGCACCAUUUGGGUCUAUGCCAAUUUCUUCAUCACCAACUAUAAACUCGGUUCGAUCUUCAAACUUUGCUGGUUUUGCAGCUUUAGCAGCUUUUGGAUUUAUCCAUCUUCCUAGGAUUUGAAUUUUGCUUUUGUGGGUUUAAAGAUUCAUUUAUAUUGUUGUAAGUUCUACUUCUUGUUUUCUUUUUCUUUUUAUCUUCCAUUCUUCAUAGAAAGCAUAUGUAAUUAAUUGCCAAUAAUAUAAAGAACUUUUUGUACUUACAAAGUAUGUAAUUCCUAAGUGUUUGAGAACUUCAUUU